AUGAUCAAAGCGCGCAUUCCAGUCUCAAUAAAAAUAUUGUUAAUAAUUGAAGUUCCGCAUAGAAGUUAUGUUAUAACGAUUAUAUUACCUAACGAGUAUUUUGACGAAAUCAUUUCGAAAGAAUGGUAUGAUGAUUUCUUCAAAGUAAUUGCGGAUUAUUCCGAAAGUGGGCUUUACAUAACGGAACGUGAACAAAAAAUUUUAAAAGGCGAUGGUUUUCUUCUGAGCAACACCUGGAACGAAACGGUCAAGAAAUGGUAUUCACUGGGCACCGAUCCACUGUCAAAUGCGCAAGACAGCUUGCCAGGAAUAACAUACACUGAUGUCAGGGAAUUAAUCAUUACAUCUGAUCGAUUAAAAUCUUUAACGCGGCAACAUGGCGCCAGUAAUCCAUUUACACUUCUGCAUGACUAUAUGGUAAAAUUAUUAUCGACCGCCGAAUCUAAUUUUCCAACAGCAUCAGCCGACAGUAGCCAAUCAGCGACCGAUAUAUGUGCUAUUGCUUAUACAUUGAUAUCACCAGCUAAGCCAAACGAAAAUGAUGAAUUCAGUGUUACAGUAAAGAUUUUAAAUAAAGAGAUGAUGCCACUGAUGAAUCUUCGAUUAUCAUUCGAAAUGCUCAAAAAUCGUCCCGAUACGCAGCCUAUUCAGUUUCGAAUAGGACCUUUAGUCUUCAACGGUAUUCAUUCUCUUGAUGGAAGCUCUAUUUUGCUGCCUAAUUCUUCUCUUACUGCAAAAUGGAUCGUUAAAUCGGUUCAGAGCUCACGUCUUACUCGCAUUGCAUAUUAUCAGGCUAUUGUAAUUCUGAAAUUCGAUCAUGGAAGACAACAAAGUAUGCAACGAAUCGAUACACAAAUAGUACCAAUAUAUCCACGUCCGUCGCUAAAACUUUAUUAUUUUUUAACCUCCAGUCUAUACACGACUUUUCAGCGAGGCAAUGAAGUAAAAAGGCCUUUCAAUGCAAUGAUAGCUUUCAUGAAUGCAGGGCUAGUUUUUUUGCAUCAUCUUGGUUUGAUGAAUAUGGAAAUGAAAGUAACUAUAAUAGCAGCUAACAAUUCGAAAAUAGCCUUACCUUAUCAAAUUAAUAGCAUAUCAAAUGGUGGAUCAAACUUUUUGAAUCUUCAUUAUGAAAUUGAGGAAAUUACUUCAGGACAAACAUCGUACAUUUAUUAUAUGUUUGAGAAGAAAAAGAUGGAAAAAAUUCAAGAAUUAAAAUUGAGCAUUUCAAUGGAUGGUGAAAUAUUAACCCUUGAAGAUUCUCGUGCGUUUCUAAUCCAACAAUUCAUUUCAAGUGAAUUUAUGCUUGUUUCGCAGAUUUCUCUUCCACAUUCCCUUUAUCUAUUUAAUAUGGUUUCUUCGACAUUACGCGUUUUAUCACCACUUAAAAUAUCCGAGAAAAGCGAAUCCAAUGGCUCAAGUGAUGGGAAACCUUUUUUUCGACAAGUUGUUGCUUAUUUACCAACAUCACCCAGAAGUAAAGAUGCCUCAUUAUAUGGAAAAGUGAAAUACCCAGAAGGAUUACCAGCUAGCUUCAAAGUGUUGCGUGUGGAUCAAAUAAGUGUUGAUGGAGUUGCGCGACAAAAGCUUGUUGGUAUGGAUAGCAUAUGGAGUAUACGAAAUGCCGAGAAUCACGUACACUUCAUCGAUGAAAAUCCACCAGAAAUAAAGGAUAAUGUUUUUUAUGAAAUCAUAUAUGGAAAUCCUGAGGACUUUUUAUUGCCGUCUUUCGAGUUUCCUGUCUACAAUGUGCCGUUGUUAAACGAAAAUUGGCCGCAAGUUGGUUCAAUUGUCCUAAAACUUUCGGCUUCAUCACCAGCUAAUUCCAAUUUAUCUUAUGGGCUGUAUGCCUUAGGAUUGGCCGCACAACUUUUCGCAAUUAAGCCAAAAACUGGAGAAAUUGUACUUGUGAAAGAGCUUCCGAAAGAUGGUGAAAGUUUUUGUUUAACUGGAUUAGCUACAGAUGAUGAAGGGAGAAAUGAAUCUAUUCUGAUCAUUAUCUCUCCAGAUGACGUUGCCGAAAAUUGUAAAAAAUACGAAAAUCUUGAUCGUCUCAAUCCACUCAUUUAUAAUCACUCACUGUUAAAUGAAGAAGCAUCCAAGAUCCAGAGAAAAUACGACCGAGAUGGCGGAGCUUUCACAAAUGGAAGUCAACGAAUGGGAAAAGAGUUAUUCACCGACAAAAAAAAGAUAGAAAAAACAAAUUUUGGUUACGGACCAAGUAAGGAAAUAACUGCAAUCAAUCGAUCAGGAAUGGUAGAAUCGUUCAAAAAUACGACCAUUUUUUUGAUUGCACCACCAACGUUUACUGGAAUAGAUCUGCAAGAUAAACCAGGUCUCAAUUUUUCAGUUUCUGAUACAACAUUAACAGCUUAUAGUACCAUUGGACAUGUCGAUGUUAAUGGACCUAAGACAUCUAAUCUAUCGUCGCAAUCAAAUGCCACACCAGAAAGGAAGUUUGCUGUUAUUCUACCCACAGAUAAUAUUUUUGCAAAAACUUCGGUUGUUAAAAAUAUUUCACCAUCAAUUCAUAUGAUUUCACCAGACAACACUCUUCCAACUUUAAAGAAUUUUUUUUCAAAUAAAGAAAUAAAUUUAUCUGAAAGUGCUUCCGCUGCAAGCGGCCUUAAUUUCUCUGGUCUUUCUACUUGGCCCGAUGUAAUUUCAUCUGAUCAGGCGUUAGUGUUAGAAAAUAGUUCAGUUUCAACUGAAGAAAGUUUCGGAAAUGAUGCUAUUUCAUUUAAAAAACCAGCACUUUUAGAAUCUACUUCAGAUGUUACAGCUGUAGAAAUAGAGCAAAAAACGUUGGCAAAAGCAUCGGCAAGCUAUGACAUAUCGUUACUUAAUGGUGCAUCAACUUUUUCUAUGGUUGCAACUCAGUCAGUUGAUAAACUUGUAGGAAGCACCGGUUUUCUUGGAAAUGAUGAAUCCACUACGAUUGUUAACGGCGUAGGACGAAAUAUCCCGAUUAAUGGUAAUUUAUUGCAACCAAUAUCAUCAGUUACUUUCCCAGGAAGUUCAAAGAUCCCAGUUGAACCAUUUCUUACCGAUGCUAAUCACAAUUCGAAAUCUAUUGAAAUUCUUUCGAACAUGGCUUGUCGCCUUCGUGGAACGAAAUCAAUUUGGGGAAUUAUCUGUGAUUUGAGCAAAACCGCAAAAAACUCUAGCUCAUAA